UGUGACCCGGAGAAACUCCCAUACCCUUUUCCUCCGACCCCAACUUGUACCCGUGCCUUGCGCUAGGAAGAAUUUCCCGACGCCCCUUCCCCUUUUCCCCGUUUCCUGCCUGGGGUGGAGAGAAGCCCUUCCCACCCUUUUAUAUUUCCCUUCUCUCGGAGAAGACUCUAGAACCAUUUCUGACCCCCGGGUCCAGGAAAAGGACGAUGACUGUCAGAGGUGGGGGUGCUGAGGCCCACCCUCGGGCUCUUUGUGGAAACGCUAACCUAAGUUUUGAGUCGGUGGAGGUUGGUGUGCUUUCCUCCUCUCCCCAGCCGCUCUAGUGAGCUGUGUGCUCCAGCGUUUAUGGGGGUCAGUGAAGGGUAGACUGACAUCACCCCACUUCCCCCUUUUUGGAAAAAUGUCUUGAUAUUUGCUGUGACAGGGGCAGCCUGGAACUAGCCUUUCCCACACCUUUGGCAGGAUCGCCUGUCAGUGUCUCACACACAUACUUUGUCCUGGCAAAACCCGAUGCUCAGAGAGCAGGUGGUUUAACUCUGAACUUGCCCACCCAGUUUGCUUCUUAAGGGGUCCUUUCAUGCUCUUUCCCACUAAGACUCAGCUAGAGAGCCUUCUUGGAGAGGGGGCAGAAGGAAGGAGACAGGCAGGGGUCCCUGCCACCAUCCAGAGUUCCUCAGACCCUGGCACAAAGGCCUUGGCUCUGGGCCUCCAUGUGGGGAGGAGGGGCAGGAGUGCCUGGCCACAGUGUGACCUUCAGAGGCCCCCAGAGAAGGGCACCUGGCCAGUCCCUGCCUAGAACCUCCCCAUCUGGGAGGGGGUUCAAAGUUUCUUUUCCUUUCUCCCUUGGGCCUGAGAUAGAGGACUGAGGGAGAAUGUCACGAGGGUGUUGAGCUUGGUAGUUGAGAGCCUGAGGAGCAGAAUCCAGGGCCUGCCUGAGGUAGCUGCAGUGGGAGGCUAGCUCUUGAGUAGGGCCACCUCUGACCUUGGCCCUGGUGACGAGACUGAGGGCUCUGGAGAGACUGCUAUUUGGAGACUGUUGGUGGAGAAGGAGAGAGACAGAUCAAGGGUGGGAAUCAUUCUCAGGGCAGUUGGAGGUCCAGGUUGGUGUGGGGCAUGUGGCUGGGGAGUUGGUAGGACCAGGAGACCCUCAGGAAGGCCUAAAAGCAUUCCCUUGCUCGCUAUUGCCAGGUCCACAUGGCCUUUUUGUUGACCUCCACAGCUUCUGGGGAGGGGAGAAAGGAGUUGGUGGAGAUCAGAAGGAUGGGGGCUCAGGCCCAGGGUGGAGCAAGAGACCCCCUGGAACUGGGCAGUUCUGAGGAGAAAGCUUUCAUGGCUCCAUUUGAGCAAAGUGCUCUGCCUAGUGGUCCCAGGCUGCACCCACCACAGAAGGAGAGCAGAAAGCCCAUGAAGUGGUCAAGUUCAUGGACGUCUACAAGCGCAGCUACUGCCGUCCGAUCGAGACCCUGGUGGACAUCUUCCAGGAGUACCCUGAUGAGAUAGAGUAUAUCUUCAAGCCAUCCUGUGUGCCCCUAAUGAGGUGUGGGGGCUGCUGUAACGACGAGGCUCUGGAGUGUGUACCCACCUCGGAGAGCAACAUCACCAUGCAGAUCAUGCGGAUCAAACCUCACCAAAGCCAGCACAUAGGAGAGAUGAGCUUCCUACAGCAUAGCAGAUGUGAAUGCAGACCAAAGAAAGACAGAACAAAGCCAGAAAAUCACUGUGAGCCUUGCUCAGAGCGGAGAAAGCAUUUGUUUGUCCAAGAUCCGCAGACGUGUAAAUGUUCCUGCAAAAACACAGACUCGCGCUGCAAGGCGAGGCAGCUUGAGUUAAACCAACGUACUUGCAGAUGUGACAAGCCAAGGCGGUGAGCCGGGCUGCAGGAAGGAGCCUCCCUCAGGGUUUCGGGAACCAGACCUCUCACCAGAAAGACCGACUAACCAUGUCACCACCACACCAUCAUUGUCACCAUUGACAGAACAGUCCUUAAUCCAGAAAGCCUGACAUGAAGGAAGAGGAGACUCUUCGAGGAGCGCUUUGGGUCCGGAGGACGAGACUCUGGCAGAAGCAUUCCCGGGCUGGUGACCAAGCACGGUCCCUUGUGGAACUGGAGUCGACAUUUUCUUUUACUUGCUGCUAAAUCACCAAGCCCGGAAGAUUAGGGAGUUUAUUUCUGGGAUUCCUGUAGACACACCCACCCACCCACAUACACACACAUAUAUAUAUAUUAUAUAUAUA